AUUGUAAUACAGUGAGCGAUGGUGUGACCUAUGAUACUGUGAAUUUGAAUUAUACUUGCCACCGUUGGCUCAUUCGAAAUCGAACCUUCGGCGAGGUCGAAUCGACGUUCACUGUUCGGACGGUUUAAGGAUCAAAACAAGAACUAACAAUGAAGUACGAGUGUUAUUCCACAAGUCCACGAAACCAUCCCAAAUGAUUUACUUGAUGCUUACUGGUGUAACAUUGUUUGUCUACAUAUUUCUGGAUAUUUGGUGGUACAAUCGAAGUGAACCCCUUCAAAAAUCGUCCACACCAUUCGCGCCCGUCAUACAAAGUCAAGAUAACGCUAGUAGUAAUCAAACCGAUAAUAGUGACUCUGCCGCGGAAAACUGCGAUACUGAACCGCCCGCGGAAAGCCAGCUUAUCAUCACAAACGGAAACACCGAAACGGAGGUCGCCAUCGAUGCGGUCGCGCAGCAGAUAAAACGUGUUUCCUUCUCCAAUGCAAAUCACAUUUUCGAGGAUAACGAAUCACACUUGAAUUGUAACAACCAUACCGGGGAUCACUCCGACUCCAGCGUAGACGUGAACACCAACGGAAUGGAUUCCGGUGAGAGUAGCGGUGGUAGCGGCGGAGACAGGCCGAGCUUCACUGUCGGCGAAGAAAAUCAACAGAACGAGCUGGAGGCGAAAGAUGAGUUCCCAUCGACCAUGCAAAAUGGUAGCCUUGCGGGUUAUGAAGUGAAUCUCAACGAGAAGCGACGACGAUUAAGACCUAGUAUGUCCCAUGGCACCGGUCUGGGACUUGAGCGAGGACACGAGCGAGACUUUGUGGUAUCCACAACGGAAGAGUUUGUGAAGAAAUUCAACGGAACACGUGCGAUAACCAAGGUACUCAUUGCCAACAAUGGCAUCGCGGCGGUCAAAUGCAUGCGUUCGGUGCGGCGCUGGUCGUAUGAGAUGUUCAAGAAUGAACGAGCGGUACGCUUUGUCGUUAUGGUCACCCCGGAGGACCUCAAAGCGAACGCCGAGUACAUCAAGAUGGCAGACCAUUACGUGCCAGUGCCGGGGGGAUCGAACAAUAACAACUACGCAAAUGUGGAGCUGAUUGUGGAUAUAGCGCUUAGGACACAGGUGCAGGCCGUAUGGGCCGGCUGGGGACAUGCCUCGGAGAAUCCCAAGCUGCCGGAGAUGUUGCACAAGAAGGGUUUGGUGUUUUUGGGACCACCGGAGCGUGCUAUGUGGGCUCUGGGCGAUAAAGUGGCAUCGUCGAUUGUGGCACAGACGGCGGAAAUACCAACGUUGCCCUGGUCGGGAUCGGAGCUGAAGGCGCAGUAUAGCGGGAAGAAGAUUAAGAUUUCCAGUGAUCUUUUUGCUCGAGGUUGCGUUACCACUCCCGAACAGGGGCUGAUUGCGGCUGGAAAGAUUGGAUUCCCAGUGAUGAUCAAAGCUUCGGAAGGUGGCGGUGGAAAAGGUAUCCGUCGAGUGGAUAGCCCCGAUGAGUUCCCUGUCUUGUUUCGACAGGUGCAGGCUGAGGUGCCUGGGUCGCCAAUUUUUGUCAUGAAACUAGCACGUGGUGCGAGACAUUUGGAGGUUCAAUUGCUGGCCGAUCAGUACGGGAAUGCAAUCAGUUUGUUCGGGCGUGAUUGUUCGAUCCAGCGACGACAUCAAAAAAUCAUCGAGGAAGCUCCGGCGAUUAUUGCCGAGCCGGAAGUGUUUGAGGAUAUGGAGAAAGCAGCCGUUCGUCUUGCCAAGAUGGUUGGUUACGUGAGUGCUGGCACUGUCGAGUACCUGUACGACGCAGAAGGCAAAUAUUUCUUCCUCGAACUGAAUCCCCGUCUGCAAGUCGAGCACCCGUGUACGGAAAUGGUGGCCGAGGUGAACCUUCCCGCAUGCCAGCUGCAAAUUGGUAUGGGUAUACCCCUGUACAGAAUCAAAGACAUUCGCCUGUUGUACGGGGAACAUCCUUGGGGUGCAUCAGUGAUCGACUUUGAUGAUCCGGCAACGAAACCGCGCCCACGUGGACAUGUAAUCGCAGCGCGAAUUACAUCGGAGAAUCCGGACGAAGGUUUCAAGCCGAGCUCGGGAACCGUGCAGGAAUUGAAUUUCCGUUCGAGCCAAAAUGUUUGGGGUUAUUUUAGCGUGGCUGCAUCGGGAGGACUCCACGAGUUCGCCGACUCACAGUUUGGGCAUUGUUUCUCCUGGGGUGAGAAUCGACAGCAGGCCCGAGAGAAUCUGGUGAUUGCGCUGAAGGAGCUAUCGAUUCGUGGAGAUUUCCGAACGACUGUGGAAUAUUUGAUCACACUGUUAGAAACGAACAGCUUCCUGGAUAACACUAUCGAUACCGCCUGGUUGGACGCUCUGAUUGCGGAACGAGUGAAAUCCGAUAAACCGGACAUUAUUCUCGGCGUGGUUUGCGGUUCUCUGCAUAUAGCCGAUCGUAAGAUAACGGAUGCCUUCACAAGUUUCAAAAUUUCCAUGGAAAAGGGGCAGAUUCAGGCGGCUAACACAUUGACCAAUGUUAUUGACGUGGAGCUAAUCUCGGAGGGCGUCCGUUACAAGGUGCAGGCGGCAAAGAGUGGCCCCAAUACGUACUUUUUGGUAAUGAAUGGGUCUUUCAGAGAGGUUGAACUUCAUCGUCUCUCGGACAGUGGAAUGUUAAUCUCUCUGGAUGGUUCGAGUUAUACCACCUACAUGAAGGAGGAAGUAGAUCGAUACAGGAUCGUGAUUGGCAAUCAGACAUGCGUGUUCGAAAAGGAGAAUGAUCCUUCGCUGCUCCGUUCACCUUCGGCUGGCAAGCUCAUCAAUCUGCUCAUUGAAGAUGGAGCGCAUGUUAACAAAGGCCAACCAUAUGCGGAAAUAGAAGUUAUGAAAAUGGUUAUGACCUUAACUGCCAGUGAAACCGGGACGGUUUCCUUCGUGCGUCGCCCUGGUGCCGUGUUGGAUGCUGGUUCACUGAUUGGACAUCUAGAGCUAGAUGACCCGUCGCUGGUUACGAAGGCACAGCCCUACAAAAGUUCAUGGCCGUUGCCACCUGAAAAUGUCCAACUUCCCGAGAAGCUGAACCGCGUUCAUUCCACGUACAAAACAAUCCUCGAGAACACGCUGGCUGGCUAUUGCUUGCCAGAUCCCUACAACGCACCGAGACUGCGAGAAAUCAUUGAAAAAUUCAUGCAGAGCUUGCGGGAUCCGUCGCUCCCGUUACUGGAAUUGCAGGAAGUCAUCGCUUCGAUGUCUGGUCGAAUACCUUUGUCCGUGGAGAAGAAAAUACGCAAGUUGAUGCAGUUGUACGAGCGCAACAUAACCAGCGUUUUGGCACAAUUUCCUUCCCAGCAAAUCGCUUCCGUAAUCGAUAUGCACGCAGCCACCCUGCAGAAACGCACCGAUCGGGAUGUGUUCUUCCUAACCACGCAAGGAAUCGUACAGCUGGUACAGCGCUACCGCAACGGAAUUCGAGGUCGCAUGAAGGCAGCUGUGCACGAACUUCUCCGCCAGUACUACGCGGUGGAAUCUCAGUUUCAGCAUGGACACUAUGAUAAAUGCGUUGCUGCCAUUCGAGAUAAGCACAAGGAUAGUAUGGACGUUGUGGUGGGAACAAUUUUUUCACACAGUCAGGUGGCGAAGAAAAAUCUCCUGGUAACUUUGUUAAUUGAUCAUCUAUGGGCCAACGAACCGGGCCUUACGGAUGAGCUUGCGGCUACUUUGAGUGAACUGACUUCCCUGAAUCGGGCAGAUCAUUCCCGUGUUGCGCUGCGAGCUCGCCAGGUUUUGAUUGCCGCCCAUCAACCGGCCUAUGAACUGCGGCACAAUCAAAUGGAAUCGAUUUUCCUUUCGGCAGUGGAUAUGUAUGGUCACGACUUCCAUCCUGAAAACUUGCAGCGUCUGAUUCUGUCGGAAACUUCCAUCUUCGAUAUUCUCCAUGACUUCUUCUAUCACUCGAACCGAGCCGUCUGCAAUGCUGCGUUGGAAGUAUAUGUGCGCCGCGCGUAUACUUCGUAUGACCUCACUUGUCUCCAACAUCUUGAGCUAUCCGGAGAGGUGCCGUUGGUUCAUUUCCAGUUCUUGCUGCCAACCGCUCAUCCGAAUCGAUACAAGUUACUACCAGAUGGAACUGAAAUUGAUAAUAUCACGGAUUCAUUCAUGCGUACAGGCUGCAUGGCAGCAUUCGAUUCGUUCGAACAUUUCACGCAGUACUCGGAUGAAAUUCUGGACCUGCUUGAGGAUUUCGCAUCGCCAGCGUUCGUCAAUCCGAAGAUGAUGGAAGCGAUGUAUGCCGGCGAUUCGGAUCGUCGGAUGAGUACCUCAAUUAACGUGUCCCUUUCGGAGCCUAUCAGUCGACCCGCGGAGACGGAAGGAACCUCUAGUCAUCCAGCGGAAGCAAUUCACAUAUUGAGCAUUGCGUUGCGAGAUACGGGUGAUAUGGAUGACCUACACAUGCAACAUCUGUUCGGCUCGUUUUGUGCACAACACCGCGAAGAGUUGCUCAGUCGCAGGGUGAGAAGAAUAACAUUUGCGGCCUUGAAGAAGCGUCAGUUCCCCAAAUUUUUCACCUACCGAUCACGAGACAACUUCGAGGAAGAUCGCAUUUAUCGUCACUUGGAACCGGCAUGCGCCUUCCAGCUGGAACUGAACCGCAUGAGAACGUACGAUCUGGAAGCGCUGCCUUCGGCCAACCAAAAAAUGCACCUCUACCUAGGUCGCGCCAAGGUACCCAAAGGUCAGGAAGUGACCGAUUUCCGAUUUUUCAUUCGCUCCAUCAUCCGCCACUCGGAUCUGAUUACCAAAGAAGCCUCCUUCGAGUACCUGCAGAACGAAGGCGAACGUGUACUGCUCGAAGCAAUGGACGAACUGGAAGUCGCCUUCUCCCAUCCGCAAGCGAAGCGAACCGAUUGCAAUCAUAUAUUUUUGAACUUCGUCCCGACCGUUAUAAUGGAUCCGGGUAAAAUUGAGGAAUCGGUGACGAAGAUGGUGAUGCGAUACGGACCCCGGCUGUGGAAACUUCGGGUGCUCCAGGCUGAACUGAAAAUGGUUAUUCGUCCGACACCUCAAUCACCGACUACCUCAGUGCGGCUCUGCAUCGCGAACGAUUCAGGAUACUUUCUAGACAUAGCAAUGUACACUGAAGUGACCGAUCCGGAGACGCAUGUGAUCAAAUUCCAGGCGUACGGUAAUCGUCGGGGACCUCUGAAUGGGCUUCCGAUUUCAUCGCCCUAUAUGACCAAAGAUUAUCUCCAGCAGAAACGCUUCCAGGCACAAUCCAACGGCACAACAUAUGUGUACGACAUUCCCGACAUGUUCCGUCAGAUGACUGAACGGCUGUGGAAGGAAUUCUCCAAGGCAAGGCCCAACGAGGAUAUCAGAAUGCCGGAAAAAAUUCUACUCGUGUGUAACGAGCUGGUCCUUAAGGGUAAUACACUAGAAGAAAUACAACGUCUACCCGGUGAGAAUAGCGUCGGAAUGGUGGCGUGGAGAAUAGUGCUUGCGACACCAGAGUUCCCGGAUGGACGAGAGAUCGUGGUUAUAGCUAACGAUCUGACGCACUUUAUCGGAUCAUUUGGUCCACAGGAGGAUCUGUUGUUUUACAAGGCAUCGGAAUUGUCUCGGGAGAGAAAGUGUCCAAGGAUUUAUAUUUCGGUGAACAGCGGUGCCCGCAUUGGUUUGGCUGAAGAAGUGAAAUCAUUGUUCAAGGUCGCCUGGGAGGAUCCGGAUGAACCGGAAAAAGGGUUCAAGUAUCUCUACUUGACAACGGAGGAUUACAGCAAGAUUGCCAAUACGACUUCUGUGCGUGCUAUUCUGAUCGAGGACGAAGGUGAACCACGUUACAAAAUCACUGACAUCAUCGGAAAAACUGACGGAUUGGGCGUAGAGAACUUGCGCUACGCUGGUAUGAUCGCUGGGGAAACAUCACGAGCGUACGAGGAUGUGGUUACAAUAUCGAUGGUAACCUGCAGAACUAUUGGUAUUGGUUCCUACUUGGUGCGUCUCGGCCAGCGUGUAAUCCAAAUCGACAACUCCCACAUUAUUCUGACGGGAUUUGCUGCACUGAAUAAGCUGCUCGGUAGAAAGGUGUACGCUUCCAAUAAUCAGCUUGGAGGUAUCCAGAUUAUGUACAACAAUGGCGUAACUCACAAGACAGAGGCCCUGGAUUUGGACGGUGUUUAUACGAUACUCUACUGGCUGUCUUAUAUUCCGAAUGUACGAGGUGGAAUCUUGCCCAUCGUUUCGGCGAGCGAUCCGAUUGAUAGAGCGGUGGGUUUCAUGCCCACCAAGGCUCCGUACGAUCCGCGUUGGAUGCUAGCCGGUCGAGUGAAUCCAGCUAAUCCUUCCGAGUGGGAAACUGGAUUCUUCGAUCGUGGCACCUGGUCAGAAAUCAUGGAACCGUGGGCACAAACCGUGGUGGUUGGCAGGGCCAAACUCGGAGGCAUCCCGGUUGGUGUUAUCGCGGUGGAAACAAGAACCGUAGAGCUAACCAUUCCCGCUGACCCGGCGAAUCUUGACUCGGAGGCGAAAACAUUCCAACAAGCUGGCCAGGUGUGGUUCCCCGAUUCGUCCUACAAGACGGCACAAGCAAUCAAAGAUUUUGGCCGGGAGGAGUUGCCGUUGAUUAUCUUGGCCAACUGGAGAGGAUUCUCCGGUGGACAGAAAGACAUGUACGAGCAGAUAGUUAAAUUUGGUGCGUACAUUGUGGAUGGACUGCGUGAGUACAAGCAACCGGUUAUCAUUUACCUGCCACCAAAUGCGGAACUUCGUGGAGGAGCCUGGGCUGUGCUGGACCCAACCAUUAAUCCUCGCUAUAUGGAAACGUACGCCGAUCCGGAAUCUCGUGCCGGAGUUCUCGAACCUGAAGGUAUCGUCGAAGUCAAAUUCAAAGAGAAAGAUCUCGUUAAAGCCAUCCAGCGACUGGACCCGACCUGUUUGGAUCUCAAGCAAAAGAUGAACGACGCGAGUAACAACAAAGAGGUCCAGGCGGAGCUGGAGAACCAAAUUAAGGCGCGUGUGAACUCGCUGCUGCACGUGUAUCAUACAGUGGCGGUACACUUCGCCGAUCUUCAUGACACACCCGAACGAAUGCUGGAGAAGGGUUGUAUUUCCGAAAUUGUACCGUGGCGAAGUUCGCGUGGCUUUUUCUACUGGCGGUUACGGAGAUUACUGCUCGAGGAAUACUUUAUCAAACAAAUCCUGGACGCUCAGGACAGCCUUUCGGUCGGGCAGGCACAAUCGAUGCUGCGGCGAUGGUUCGUGGAGGACAUGGGCGCAACAGAGGGCUAUCAAUGGGAGAAUAACGAACCCGUGGUUGAGUGGCUGGAAAACCAGAAGAAGACCGACUCUACGGUCAGUCGAAACAUUUACGCUGUGAAGAAGGACGCAAUAAUCUCACAAAUACAGAAGGCUCUCGAGGAAUGCCCCGAGAUCGCAAUAGAUGCAGUGAUUGGCCUAUGUCAGGCUCUUUCUCCAGCUCAUCGAGGUGAGGUAGUGAAAACACUAUCUCAGCUGGAAUUCACAGAGAAGGAACACACAUGACCGCGAGCUUCCUACAAGUAACGCACCAAUCGCAGAAGGACGAAACGGAAGAAAUAGUACUCCUGCGAAACAAACCAUACUUCUCAUUUUAAAAAUUGUUGCAAUGUGGACAUCUCCAUUAGUCGAUCAGAUUUAUGCUUCUAUUUAAAUUAAACAAAGCCACAAAUUUCCGUUUCCAGUCAUCUUCAAUCGUCCGUACAACUAAUCAUAAAUAUCAUAAAAUUAGUAAUAUUGUUCAUGUCCACCAAUUAAAUGGUGAUAAUAUGAAUUAAAAAGAAAAACUAUAUCUAAUAAUGUUAGAUUAUAUUGGAAGAGUUGUAACCGAUUGUAGUGAAUGUAGACUAUUUAUAUAUACACAAACAAACAAAAACUUACCAUAAACACACGACUAUGGUUACAGCGAAGUGAUUCAUAAUGUUAAACAUAAGUUACUGUUAAACUAAAUCUAAAGCGAAGCGGAGCAUUCGGUCCGUUUUUCUAGCUGUAAGAGAUUGCAAAUAUUAUGACUAUUUGAUACUGAACGCCAUGAUUAAUUCGUGGUUGAUUAGCUAGUUCGUUGUUUUGUUCUUUUACAUUUGGGGGGGGGGGGGAGUAGUUUUACUAUACAGAUCGCAACCAAGGACUCCGGGUAAUGAUUAUUUUUUCUCUCAAGGGGCACCGUGUAGAUAUGUUUGCGCGUUUAAACUAUAUAAGUUAUUGUAACGGAGGGUAUAAAGGAAGCUUAGCUAUGUUUAGUGGAUUUAUUGAAAACUAUCACUAGCUUAGUGUGAAAUCAGAUAAUAUUAGAACACAUCACUAAAUCCUCAGAAAUUGUACAAACGAAUGCAGAAAUGAAAAUAAAUUGUUUGGAUCUAGA